CCCGACUUCGAAACGAGGUGGUUUUCCAUUCAGCGUCUGGACGCGGAAAGAAAAGCCUGGGUGGUUAGUAGUGAUUGCAGCUGACGGUGUGAACGAUCCCAAACAAAAGAAUCCGGCGCACUUGCCACGGAAGGGUGUUAAUUCACUGAAUUCUCAGAAAAUUCCAGUCCCGGCCAUCGAUUCCAGGAGCAUGCAGUAGGUGGCACCUGAAAGCUCUUUGGAGGCGAGCGGACGCCAUUUGAGCAAAAGCAGCCGCCGCUGCAGCAGCUGGUCCAGCUCGGAAGUGGUGACUGGAGAGGGGGAGCGAGAGGAGGAAGGCCGGGCUGCGCGGCGCAGGUGCCUCCUGGGUGCGAGCCGCGGCUGUGGAGCAACAUGCCGGAACAGAGCAACGACUACCGGGUGGCCGUGUUCGGGGCAGGUGGCGUAGGCAAGAGCUCGCUGGUCUUGAGGUUUGUGAAAGGCACGUUCCGCGAGAGCUACAUCCCCACGGUGGAGGACACCUACCGGCAGGUGAUCAGCUGCGACAAGAGCAUCUGCACGCUGCAGAUCACGGACACCACGGGCAGCCACCAGUUCCCGGCCAUGCAGCGGCUGUCCAUCUCCAAGGGCCAUGCCUUCAUCCUGGUCUACUCCAUCACCAGCCGGCAGUCGCUGGAAGAGCUCAAGCCCAUCUACGAGCAAAUCUGCGAGAUCAAAGGGGACGUGGACAGCAUCCCCAUCAUGCUGGUGGGCAACAAGUGUGACGAGAGCCCCAGCCGCGAGGUGGAGAGCGGCGAGGCCGAGGCCCUGGCCCGCAGGUGGAAGUGUGCCUUCAUGGAGACCUCGGCCAAGCUCAACCACAACGUGAAGGAGCUCUUCCAGGAGCUGCUCAACCUGGAGAAGCGCAGGACCGUGAGCCUCCAGAUCGACGGCAAGAAGAGCAAGCAGCAGAAGAGGAAGGAAAAACUCAAGGGCAAAUGCGUGCUCAUGUGAGGCCCUGCGGAGCGGGGGGCGGGGCCUGGCCCCGUCCCGCCCCCGUCCCCUCCCACGUGACCCCCCGUCGUCAGGGCAGCAUGUACGAUGCCCACGUGUUCACUAGCGCAUCUUGACCGAGACGUGCCCCGUUGUCCCCGAGAGGGCACUUCCCGCCACCGCCCGUAAGCACCCCCUCUCCAGAAUCAGGGACUCCGCCCAGCGGUUAAAAUGGGAACCCAUGCACCCUGCAACCCGGGGCACCUGGUGGGGGGCUGGGCGUUUCUGAAGGUGGGUUGGCCCUUAGCGGGGGCUCUGGGCUCGCGCCCACGAGCGAUCUGAGUACAGGACUAGGUCCCAUCUGCAUGCAUGUGACGGCAUGUGACCCUGGAGCUAUGCCCACCCAGCUCGAGAGCUGGGCACCCUUAGGGGCGGGAGGGGCGGGGCGGGGGAAGGGAACACCUGGCCCACGUUGUCCAUUUCACAGUUCUGUAGCUGAAUUGGACAUAAACUGACACAGCGUCCCCCAGAGCGUGGUCACUGUCGAUUCCCAGCUGACUGGCGGGCCCCGGGCUCUGAGGGGUGCUCUCACCUCACUAGACCUGGUCAGCAGGUGCCCCUUUAAUUAUUUCACGGCCGGUGACAGAUGAGUUCACUUAAGGGCAUCCUGCUUGGCCCUUCAGUGUGCGAGUGAGGAUAUCGUGACACUUCCUGGAGCAUCUCAGCAAUGUCACACGUCGAGGGUUUUAGAAGUGUGCUUUCCUCCCCUUGACCCACGAGGAGCACACUCCUUCCAGCCCUCAGAUUUUAAAUAAAUGCAAUGAAAGAAGCUCUUUUCAGGCCAUUAUUUCCCCCUCCACGAUGGUUUUCCCCCUUUUCCAUCACUCGGUCUAUAUCCAGCUGGGCAACAGCCAACAAAGGCCAUCCCAAGACAGAAGCACCUCCAUUUUUCCAAAUGACACAGAGAUCUGUAUACGCCAUUCUUUAGCACCUCAAUGAAAUACUUUGAAACAGAAGUCGUUCACUGUGUUUUUAAUGAUCUGUCUAUAGCUGAAGCAUACUCCUGGAGAAUGUGUUCAAGUAAUAGUAGAUUAUCCUGCAUGCUCCAUUAUAAAUGUCUCCUAAGAGCUGUUCGAUGCUCUGGAGUCUGCUCUGGAAUCAAUUCUCUCUUCCUCUUAAUGACCUUGUGUGCUUCCUUAUCCUUCAAACUAAAUCACGGCCUCUGCCGGUCUCUGCACGCUGGCCUGGAGACUGGACGGUGGCUGGAGGCAGGCAGGCUGCUCUGUCCUGGGCACGGCCGGUCUGGCUCCGCUUCCAGAAGGCUCCGACUGACACAGCCCGGAACAGAAGCCUCCUCUUGUUUGUUCUGGCCAGCACAGCUCACGCUGGCCCCCGCUCCGGAAAGGUCCUUCAAGAGCUGCUUGCUACGCGGCAGGCAGAGGAAGCCAGAAGCCGGGCCGGGCCGGGGGAGGAGAGCCCCCGGCCGCCCCGGCCGCCGGGCGGAGUUGGCCAGUUGGGGACGUCCGCAUGCACCCCGUUGGGUUCUGCGUCUCUCUUCUGCACCUGCUGUGUCCUCACGGCCCCGCUGGGCAGGGCGGCCGUAGCCGGCACCUCUGUGCACUCAACAUCUCCAUCGGCCCUUUCUGGUUAAAGGUCCUGGUCUUGACAAUCCUCUGGGCUCUGCGCGUGACUCCCCUGGUGGCCCGUGCCGUGUGUGGAGGCGCCCUUGGGAACCAGCCACCCCACCCCUCUUCUUGGCCUCCUGGAGCAACCUUGAGCAAGGAAGGUGUGGAAGCAGCCCAGGGGCCCGCAGGGUCGGAGAGCUGGGCCCGAGGCCCCCUCAAGUCCCGACGGACGGUCCCCCCCGCCCCCCCCGGCGGCUGCUCUGGGAGCUUCCCAUUCACACGUAGUUGGUGAGUUUUCUAGAACAUUUAUUUUUCAACCUAUCCCUUUUUUUUUUUUUUCUAUUUCUAUUCUCAGAGAGUUUGUAAUUUGGAGACGGGGUAAGUGGAAGAAGAAACAGGCCUUCGUGGCCAAAAUGGGGGGGCUGGGGUCUGCCCCGGGCCGCCAGGUCCCUGAGACUCCUAGGGUGAGGCUCCCACUGAUCGUCCCGUUCCUACUGAUAUGGGUCAGAAUCCCGCCCGCCCUCUCUCGUCACUGUCUGCCUUUAAAGUGUGUAAAGCUUCAUCCGUGGGAGAAACUCUUCAUGAUCGAAAACCAGAGUGCAUUCAGGAUGUGUUUCGUUCCUUCAUAGUUUGCCCGUGGGUUUAUAGGAAGGCUGUGGACGCCACAGGCACAGGUCUUCGUCCUGAUGUCAUUUUGGGUGAACCGCACUGAGGGUUUGAGGAGCAUCUCAAAAUAGUCUUUGAGGAGAUCCCCGAUCGUCUCCGGGCUCGGGGGUUGGUCCCACCGAAUCAGGUGCGUGUGGCGUGUACGUGGCCCCAUCCUGAGUACGCAGUGCUGUUCCGGUGGACCCGUCCUACAACCGCACGUGGGCACAGAAGUUUCCGACCUCGCCACGGCACGUUACGGAACUCCAAAUAUUGCUUUGACGAUGGCGUUCCGGGGACAAGCAUGGGGGUUCCCAUGAGUCCCCUUCUGUCCCUACCAGUACGUCCUCUAUCUGGUGAUAAGCCAUGGGCAUGCCCCGGGCAUGCGUGCAAUACGGCAAGACCAACACAAGAGCAAUAUUGAAUUGUUCAUCCGAUCUACGAUUAUAUACAUAUAUUUUAUGUGUAUACAUAUAAUUGAUCUUCCUGCAUUUUUGAAGUAUAAAGUAACACAUUGUACAUACCUGUAAGCUGGUACAUUUGUUUCACCAUUUCUAACGUUUGAGAAAUGCUCAUUCUUUGUAGAACAAACAACUCUUCAAUAUUUUCAGAACUGCUCUGUGAUACUUAAUUUCCUUGUCGAGAUUGGUAAUAGGUUGCUCCUGCGGAAGCUCUCUGGAAACAUCCAUAACUGACGGGACACGUGUCAACCCUCAAAGCUCCAUCCGGAACUCGGUCCCCCACAAAGACAGUACGUGGACAGAGUAUUUACAGAGCAUGACUUUUAUACGUGUGGGGUAUCAAUGUGUAUAUUUAUAUUUCAGGUGUAUUUAUGGUUACAAUCCCAUUAUCUAUUUUAUGGACUCUUCAGUUAUAAAAACCACACUUGCAUACCUGUUUCUAGUUGCCGGUGGUGUUCUGAAAAUAAAGAAACCGAUUGAAAUAAAGCUUCAGUUCUGACCCCCUGGCUGGAA